CCCGCCCGGGCCCGCCUCUUCCCCAGUCUGGCGCCUGGCUCUGAAGGCUGCUCUGGGACAGACAGACCAAGGGUUGAUGGACAGAGGGCGCCCAAUGGCCGCGCCUGGAGAGCCCUGCACCGGUCUGAGGGUCUGGAACCAGACAGAGCGGGAGUCUGUGGCCCAUCGGUUGCUCAGCCUGUGCUUCCUGAGAGCAGCUGGGGGCUGGGCGCCCCCCUUGUACCUCUGGGUCCUCGGCCCCAUCUACCUGUUCUACAUCCAUCGCCAUGGCAGGCGCUACCUCCGGAUGUCCCACCUCUUCAAGGUCAAAAUGGUGCUUGGCUUUUCCCUCAUACUUCUAUACACGUUCAACGUGGCCAUGCCUCUGUGGAGGAUCCACCAGGGGAUGCCCCAGGCACCAGAGCUUCUCAUUUACCCUACCGUGUGGCUCACCACCAUGAGCUUUGCCACCUUCCUGAUUCACAUGGAGAGGAAGAAGGGAGUCCGGGCAUCUGGGGUGCUCUUUGGGUACUGGCUGCUUUGCUGUCUCCUGCCAGCUAUCGACACCGCCCGGCGGGCCUCUGCAGGGAGCUUCCACCAUGAGCCCCUCGACCACCUGGCCACCUACCUGUGCUUGUCUCUGGUGGUGGCCCAGUUCGCGCUGUCCUGUCUGGUGGACCAGCCACCCUUCUUCUUGGAAGACUCCCAGACACUGAAUCCGUGUCCAGAGACUGAGGCCUCAUUUCCCUCCAAGGCCAUGUUCUGGUGGGCUUCUGGGCUCCUGUGGAGGGGCUACAGGAAACUGCUGGAACCGAAAGACCUCUGGUCACUGGGAAGAGAAAACUCUUCAGAGGAGCUCGUUUCCCAGCUGGAAAGGGAAUGGAGGAAGGACUGUCGUGUGCUGCCGGGGCACUCCAAGGUGUUUAAAAGCAAAGGGAACCGCGGUGUGGGAGCCCCUGAGACAGAGGCCUUCCUGCAGCCAGGGAGGAGCCAGCGGGGCCCACUGCUCAGGGCUAUCUGGCAUGUGUUCCGGUCCACUUUCCUGCUGGGGACCCUCAGCCUGGUCAUCAGUGAUGCCUUCAGGUUCGCUGUCCCCAAGCUCCUCAGCCUGUUUCUGGAGUUCAUGGGCGACCGCGACUCCCCAGUGUGGACGGGCUGGCUCCUGGCUGUGCUGUUGUUCUUGUCAGCCUGCCUACAGACGUUGUUUGAGCAGCAGUACAUGUACAGAAUCAAGGUCCUACAGAUGAGGCUGCGGACAGCCAUCACCGGCCUGGUGUACAGAAAGGUCCUGGUGCUGUCCAGUGGUUCCAGAAAAUCCAGCGCAGCAGGGGAUGUGGUCAACCUGGUGUCGGUGGACAUACAGCGGCUGACGGAGAGUGUCCUCUACCUCAAUGCGCUGUGGCUGCUCUUCCUCUGGAUCAUAGUCUGCUUUGUCUACCUGUGGCAGCUCCUCGGACCCUCUGCCCUCACAGCCAUCGCUGUCUUCCUGAGCCUCCUCCCUCUGAAUUUCUUCAUCACCAAGAAAAGGAGCUACCAUCAGGAAGAGCAGAUGAGGCAGAAGGCCUCCCGAGCGCGGCUCACCAGCUCCAUACUCAGAACUAUGAGAACCAUCAAGUCCCAUGGCUGGGAGCAAGCCUUCCUCGAGAGACUCCUUCAUAUCCGGGGCCAGGAGCUAGGCGCUCUGAAGACCUCCACCCUCCUCUUCUCUGUGUCUCUCAUGUCCUUCCAAGUGUCUACAUUUCUGGUGGCGCUGGUUGUGUUUGCUGUCCACACCCUGGUGGCAGAGGACAACGCCAUGGAUGCAGAGAAGGCUUUUGUGACCCUCACAGUGCUCAGCAUCCUGAACAAAGCCCAGGCCUUCCUGCCCUUCUCUGUACACUGCAUCGUUCAGGCUCGAGUGUCCUUUGACCGGCUGGCUGCCUUCCUGUGUCUGGAAGAAGUAGACCCCAGUGGCAUGGACUCAAGUCCCUCCAGAUGCGCCUCAAUGGAUCGAAUUUCUGUACACAAUGGCACUUUCGCUUGGUCCCAAGAGAGCCCUCCCUGCCUGCACGGGAUCAACCUCACCGUGCCCCAGGGCUGUCUGCUGGCUGUUGUGGGUCCAGUGGGGGCUGGGAAGUCCUCCCUGCUGUCUGCCCUGCUUGGGGAGCUGUUGAAGGUAGAAGGGUCUGUGAGCAUUGAGGGUUCCAUGGCCUACGUGCCCCAGGAGGCCUGGGUCCAGAAUACCUCGGUGGUGGAGAAUGUGUGCUUCAGGCAGGAGCUGGACCUGCCCUGGUUGCAGAAAGUUCUGGAAGCCUGUGCCUUGGAGUCUGAUGUGGCCAGCUUCCCUGCAGGAGUUCACACCCCAAUAGGGGAGCAGGGCAUGAAUCUUUCCGGGGGCCAGAAGCAACGGCUGAGCUUGGCUCGGGCUGUGUACAGAAAGGCUGCUGUGUACUUGCUGGAUGACCCCCUGGCGGCCCUGGAUGCCCACGUCAGCCAGCAUGUCUUCAAACAGGUCAUCGGGCCCAGUGGACUGCUCCGGGGUACGACUCGGAUCCUGGUGACGAACACGCUGCACGUCCUGCCCCAGGCUGACCAGAUCCUGGUGCUGGCCAAUGGGACCAUCGCAGAGAUGGGCUCUUACCAGGACCUUCUGCACAGGAACGGAGCCCUGGUGGGUCUUCUGGAUGGAGCCAGACAGCCGGCAGGUGGAGGAGAAGGAGGUACACACGCUGAGGCCACCAGUGAUGACCUUGGAGGCUUUCCCGGAAGUGGGAGGCCAAAGCACACACCAGAGAGGCGCAGGCCCAUCGAGUCAGCCCCUGUGAAGGACAGCACCACUUCAGAGGCACAGACGGAGCCUUCUCUGGGUGACCCUAAGGGAACAGGAUUGACAGCAGGCGAGGACAGCGUGCAGCCUGGCCGGGUGAAGGCUGCCACAUACCUGAGCUACCUGCAGGCAGUGGGCACACCCCUCUGCACCUACACCCUGUUCCUCUUCCUCUGCCAGCAAGUGGCAUCCUUCUGCCAGGGCUACUGGCUGAGCCUCUGGGCCGACGACCCGGUCGUGGAUGGACGGCAGAUGCACGCAGCCCUGCGUGGCUGGGUCUUUGGACUCCUUGGCUGUCUCCAAGCCAUCGGACUCUUUGCUUCCAUGGCUGCGGUGUUCCUGGGUGGCGCUCGGGCCUCAGGCCUGCUUUUCCGGAGCCUCCUGUGGGAUGUAGCUCGCUCUCCCAUCGGCUUCUUCGAGAGCACACCUGUCGGGAGACUGCUGAACCGCUUCUCCAAGGAGACGGACACGGUGGACGUGGACAUCCCGGACAAGCUGAGGUCCCUGCUGACCUAUGCCUUCGGCCUCCUGGAGGUCGGCCUGGCGGUGUCGAUGGCCACGCCUCUGGCCAUUGUGGCCAUCUUGCCGCUCGUGCUCCUCUACGCCGGGUUUCAGAGCCUCUAUGUGGCCACUUCUUGCCAGCUGAGACGCCUGGAGUCGGCCAGCUACUCGGCUGUGUGUUCCCAUAUGGCGGAGACCUUCCAGGGCAGUCUGGUGGUCAGGGCCUUCCGGGCCCAGGGACCCUUCACGGCGCAGCAUGACGCCCUUAUGGAUGAGAACCAGAGGGUCAGUUUCCCACGACUGGUGGCUGACAGGUGGUUGGCUGCCAACCUGGAGCUCUUGGGGAACGGCCUGGUGUUCGUGGCCACUAUGUGUGCUGUGCUGAGCAAGGCUCACCUGAGCGCCGGCCUCGUGGGCUUCUCAGUCUCCGCUGCCCUCCAGGUGACACAGACCCUGCAGUGGGUGGUCCGCAGCUGGACGGAUCUGGAGAACAGCAUGGUGGCGGUGGAGCGUGUGCAGGACUACGCUCACAUCCCCAAAGAGGCUCCCUGGAGGCUGACCACCUGUGCAGCCCGACCUCUUUGGCCUAGCGGGGGACAGAUUGAGUUCCGGGACUUUGGGCUCAGAUACCGACCAGAGCUGCCGCUGGCUGUGCAGGGCGUGACCCUGAAGAUCCACGCAGGAGAGAAGGUGGGCAUCGUGGGCAGGACAGGGGCCGGGAAGUCCUCCCUGGCUUGGGGUCUGCUGCGGCUUCAGGAGGCCGCUGAGGGUGACAUCUGGAUCGACGGAGUCCCCAUCGCCCACGUGGGACUGCACACGCUGCGGUCCCGAAUCACCAUCAUCCCUCAGGACCCUGUCCUGUUCCCAGGCUCUCUGCGGAUGAACCUGGACCUGCUUCAGGAGCACACAGAUGAAGGCAUUUGGGCGGCGCUGGAGACGGUGCAGCUCAAGGCCUUUGUGGCCGGCCUGCCCGGCCAGCUGCAGUACGAGUGUGCAGGCCAGGGAGAUGACCUGAGCGUGGGUCAGAAACAGCUCCUCUGCCUGGCACGUGCUCUUCUCCGGAAAACCCAGAUCCUCAUCCUGGAUGAGGCCACCGCCUCCGUGGACCCAGGGACGGAGACGCAGAUGCAGGCAGCCCUUGAGCGCUGGUUUGCUCAGUGCACAGUACUGCUCAUUGCUCACCGCCUGCGCUCUGUGAUGGACUGUGCCAGGGUUCUGGUCAUGGAUGAGGGCCAGGUGGCCGAGAGCGGCAGUCCAGCCCAGCUGCUGGCCCAGCAAGGCCUGUUUUACAGGCUAGCCCAGGAGUCAGGCCUUGCCUGAGCGGGACUCUUGACAGCCUCCUUGGAGACAGCCAUAGUGCCUGCAGUGGCUGGGAAACCAGAGACCCAGGGGCCCCUGGGGCUCUGCAGGAUGUCCAAUCUUGACUCCUCUCUAGGAGAAAGAUGGCAGAGAAAGUGACAGAAGAUUGGAAUACCAGACCCAGAAGAACCCAGCAUGCCCAGGUUGGCCUGAGCAAGGCCAUGGUCACUCUGCAGCCAAAGUGGACAGUGACUCUCAGCUCAAGUUCUACUUCAAGGCCACACCCACCCCAGGCCGAUUAGGCUGACGCCCUGGACCUGGGUGAUGGUGUGCACAUUUCCCCUAAGUCCUUAUCUUGAUGUCAUUGUAGAUUCCACACAGUUUUAAGAAACCACACAGAGAACCUGUGGGCCCCUCUGCCCUUUUUGUUCCGGAGGUGACACCUUGUCCAACCCUAGGACAAGAUCAAGCGGCACACUGACACUGACUGACUCCAACAGUCUGCUCACGUUUCCUCUGUUGCCCGUGUGUCUGUGUAUGGGUCCAGUGCUUUUUCUUACUGUUUUUUUGAGAAAGAAUUUCCCAUAGCCCAG